AUGCAUGCUGACUCCAAGCGGCCUACUGUUGAAUAUAUUGAUUCGAUUAUUUCCGCUGAGAUUCCGAACAUCAAUGAAGAUCCAGAAUUGUAUUCACUUGUGAGUGAAUUCAUGAUACAUGGGCCUUGUGGAGCUGAAAAUAUGAAUUGCCCAUGCAUGGUUGACAAACAAUGUUCGAAAAAUUUUCCAAACCAAUUCUCUAAUCAUUCUUCAGUUGAUGCCAACGGUUAUCCCUUAUAUAUGAGAAGAAACAAUGGAUAUUUUGUCGAAAAAUCUGGUGUCAAGUUAGACAACAGAAAUGUUGUUCCAUAUAACAAAUAUCUGUUGAAAACAUAUCAUGCACACAUUCAUGUUGAAUGGUGCAAUCAAAGAUCUUCCAUAAAGUAUCUAUUUAAAUAUAUAAAUAAGGGUCCAAAUAGAGCUACAAUUGCUGUUGUACAAGGCAACAACGAUUCUGAUCACGACGAUGUUGUAGAUGAAAUAAAAGAUUAUUAUGCUUGUAGAUAUCUAUCUGCAUGUGAGGCAUCAUGGCGAAUAUUCGGAUACGAUGUUCAUUACCGAUAUCCUUCUGUGAUUCGACUACCUUUUCAUCUUCCUGAUCAACAACAAGUCAUAUAUGUUGCAGACGAUGAUAUUGACAAUGUUCUUGAACAACCUUCAGUUGCUGCUUCUAUGUUCACAUCUUGGAUGGAAUGUAAUAAAAUUAAUAAAGAUGCAUGA